UGGUAACGUAAUCAUUGAAUGACUUCAAAAAAAGUGUGAUUUUUUUAGCGACAAAAUUAAUGGUUUGAAUGUUGUGUUUGCCAUCACUUAACACAUCCAUUGAUUGUAUUGAUUGGCCAUUCAUUUGAUGGCAACGUCACGGGAAUUGUUGGCCAAUUCGGUCACUCAGGUCUUGCCACUGGUUUCGGCCAAAUUGUUUGCAUCGGAGGCUACUUCUGUUGACACUUCUUUGUGUCCAAUUCGGUGUCGGUUCGCAUCUAAUGCCGUCGGUCAGUGUUUAUGGACAAUCAGAGGCUCACAACUUGACAUUAUAUCGGUAGACGUGAAGAAUGUGUCGACACAAAGACAAUUGGGAUCCUUUGAUUUCGGACACAUUUUCGGAGACAAUGCCAUAAAAAUUGUAAAUGUUGUCCAACUGAUGGACGCUUUUGAUGGUUCGGCAAAAAAUAAAUAUCUUUAUACGUUUGCCGUCGCUUUGCGGCGAAGUUCCGGUACAUGUCUUAUCUGUCUCGUCGACGCACGACUUAGUCUUGUAAUGAAGACAAUCGACACACAGUUUAAGAUAACGAGUUUAGAGCUAAUAAUGAACUCAAGAUUAAUCUCAGGAAAUAAUUGGCCACUGAUUGAUGAAUUACUACACAUGAAUGGUAUUAUAGCCAUCGGUACGGAAGGAGGAAUCGUCUUUCUUUUAGAUCUUUUUUUGGAUUAUAUUACACCAUUAAAUGAGACAUUGAUUCCAAAGAAAAUAUCAUUUAUUGUUUGCAAUUCAUCGCAUAUGAAUCUGAAGAACAAACGAAAGACAGCUUCACUUCAUGACCAACACUUAUGUCUUCCACUAAAUGGUGAUUCACUAUUGAAGAAUCGUUUUAUCUAUAAGGCCGAUGACGGCACUGUUCUUUCGCCAUUUCCUAAGGAACAGGUAUAUGUCAGUGCUCUUCAUUAUAUACCACAAACAGGAUUUCUUUGUGUUGGCUAUAACUUCGGUGGUUUUCAAUUCUACAAUAUGAACACAUUUAAACUGGAGUGCAGUUGUGGACUGGAGUACGGCUUACCGCCAGUAAUCAGAUUUGCAUUUCAAGACCCGGAAAACGAUCCGAAAAACUAUUCGUAUGUUUGGGUUAUCAGAGGCCAAGAAAUUGAGGAAUUGAAUGAAAUACAAAAUACUAUUUCAAAUGCUAUUAUGUAUUCAAUUUCGUUUGAAAAGAAGGAUUGGAUUCCUGAUUACGGUAUACUUUACUCCGGAUUUCAGGGCUGUUCGUGUCGUUUUGAAUAUAUAUUGAGUUCAAACCCACACUCUUCAGAAAUCAACGUAUUAAGCAAUAGUCGUCUUAUCGAUUGCUAUACUAUUCCGUUAGGAAAUCAAUUAACAAAUAAAUCGUCGGACGACGAAUCGGCUAAUAUAGAUCUCAGCCUUUUGUUUAUCUCUUGGGAAGCAUUGUCUGACUUAUCAAAUGAAACCUAUUCUUCAACAUAUUUUGCUAUUUUUGAUUUAAAUCAAUGGUAUCGCUCGCAAAUGCCAACAGAUAUCAAGAUAGCAGAUGACAAACAAUUUUGUCCAUUUUUAGGUGUCUUUUCAUUGGAAAACAUUGCAAACACUAUGUCUCCCGACGCUAUUGUCUCAGUUCAGUUAAAUCGCGAAACAAUCAGCAAAUAUCGUUCCCAAGCAUUUCAAGACGACAUCCAUUAUUAUCCAUCUUCGCUAUCAUUUGAAGUGACUGUACUAUCCGAGUCACAGAUAUGUGGCGCAUCAUAUUUAGGACUUCCUAAAUUUUGUUUAGCUCAACUGGUUAAAGAUGGACCUAAAAUUCUAAUUGAUCCAAAAGAAUAUGCCAUUACUUGUGUCAGAUCUGGUUUGUUAUCGUUGGACAUCUAUCAUCAAUCACUAUCUACUUUGCAAUUACGACAUAUUAUCUUAAAUAUUGCUCUUGAAAACGAUUGCUUACCAUUUCUUAUACAAGUAGUUAAAGAAUGGUCAUCCGGUGAUCUUAAACACUGUGGAUGUGAUUCAAAGUGUUUAUUAGACUGGAUUUGGUCGAGAGUGGCAUUAAUUAAGAAUGAAAUCGAUUCCAUAACACAUCCAUUGUUUGAUUUUUCCGGACAAUUGUUAGAUAAUUACAACUCUGCACAGCUUUAUGCCUAUGAAAGUGAUCUCAAAUCAUUGAAUAUUAUGUUAAAACAUUUGCAAACAUCGGUUGCGAUGACAAACCAAUUGAAUCUUCAAGAGUUAACGUUAAGACAAGAAGUCACUCAAUUGAUAACUCUUUAUUUGCGAACACUUCUAUGGUUUUAUGAAAUUAAUUUAUUGCCCGAACAUUCUGAAGAAGAUGUUUUCGGUGAACAAGAGGUCGCUUAUCCGUACACUGACUUUAAGAACUAUUAUAUUGAUCGACGAACAGAACUCCAUAAUAUAAAUCCUGAUAUUAUUCAACCAACAGAUUUGCUCCUAAUUGAUGGUAUGGUUGAGUCUCUAAAUCCUGAGUUAUCUGAACUCUGGAUCAAAGGAGGUGGCGAUGGUUUAUACCCACCGCCUAACCUGCACUCACUAUUGGGUGUAUUUCUCUUGGAAUCGGCGACUUUGGCUCAAAAACAAGCGCUUAUGUUAUAUAUGUUAUUAGAUUUGGCUGAAUAUUUGAAUGACCGCCAGAGCGAUGUCGCCGAAAAGAUUAGACAAUAUCCACAGGUGUUUGCACUCAAGUCAAGCCUUAUUAAGUCUAUUCAAGCCUUUUGGGGUUUGGAUCACAAACUCUUUGAUUUUUCUCUUCAGUUCCUAUUAGAUCCUGUCGUCAAACCAUUAUUUUUGGGAAACAAAACAAAUGAAAUAUUUGUGUUCAACGAUUUACAGCAGAGAAUAGUUCAGUCAUUUGUUUAUCAAAAUGAGGUGAAGUGCGCUCUAAUCUAUAGUCAAAAUUGUGGUCAGUUUGCUUUGGAUACACCCGUUCGCGAAAAACUUCACUUAAAUAUGCUUUUACUUAAUAAUCAAAUUUGUAAUGCAAUUCAAUAUCAAAGACUUUGUCGAAAUGAGACGAAUGCCACCGAACUUCUCAUUCAUUUAUUUGAUUUGUGUGAGAGAAUGGGUGUCAUCGAAGAAAUAUUUAAAAUACCAUUAGAUAUGUUUGAAGAAGAAGUGUUUACCAACUAUUUGGUGACAUCUGAUUUGCCGAAUGCCAAACAAAAGCUUGUUUUGUAUUUAAUUGCAAACAAUAAGAUUAUUGAUGCGGCGAAUGUCUUAAACGAAUUUGAAGAUGAGUUGACUAAUAUUGCCGAUGAAGACUUGGUUGAGAAGACAAAUCAAUUGAUUAUAUUAAUUAAAGCCUAUUUAGCAGCACUUCCGCAAUCAUUUACCAAAUUGGCUAAAGAGAUUGCUAUCUUUGAGGAGAGUAAACAGAAACAAACCGGUAAAAUAACCGUUUCCAACACAUUACCCAUUCAAGUGAAACCUAAACCCAUUGCAAUGGAUUGGAUGGCGCCGUCAACAGCUAUUGAGAAUAUAAUGGAAGAAAUUGCUGAUAUCUGGAAGAAGGAGAAAAAAAACAAUUUACAAGUGUCUACCCCUCCUGUCGUCAAAAGUGGCAAAAAAUCUUCAAAAAUACUGAUUUCCCAAAACUCACCAUUUCUUCGGACGCCUACAGUUGACAGAAGUGCAAAGAAAGUCAAACAAUCGGCCAAAACAGUAUAUCCGACGCCUAAACUCAUUGAUUUCGAGAGUAAAAGUGUGACAAAACACAAGAUUAUUACUUCAACACAUCAAACAAGAAGUGCCAAAAAAGAAACUCAAAAGAAACAUCAAAACGAUUUGCUUAUAUUGUUAGAGACGCCUCAAAUCAAACAUAAAUCUAUAUCUAAUAAAAGUAAUGCCAAAAAUAUAACCAUUACCUCAACAACGGAUUAUUUUACUCCCCAAUCAAUAUUGAAAGCAAAUAAUCUAAAACUAAUGAUGAAACGAUCUUUGAGUCCAUUACUUAUGUCUCCAUCUGUUUCGGCCAAAGGUUCUCCAAAUAAGACAAUAGAGUCGACUCAAGUUCAACAUAGACUUCGGUUUUCUAUUCCUGAUAACGAAAAUUCAUUUACUGAAGAGUCAAGAGCUGAAAAUCCACGUUUGGCUUCAAUUAAAGACACACUUAUGCUUAUGUCAUUGAAAAAUACCUCACAACCUAUUAUGGAAACUGAAAUGGAAGAUAUGGAUCAAAGUAUCGGACCUUUAAUUGAUUUCGACAAAACUACAAGUGAAGAAGGAUUUAAGAUUCAAGAAAUGAUUUUAGAUGAACCCCAUGAAGAUGUUAAGUCUGGUUUCGUUUUUUCUCCGCCACAGACUCGACUUUCUUCGGCUCGAAAGAAACAGCAAAAUCUUGAAGUAGAUGAAGAAUUGCAUAUAGAAAGGACAGAUGAUAUUCCGAUUACAUCUCAAUUUACUUUCUCUCAAAUAGAAGAACAAAAGACACCGAAACAAAAAUCCAAUAGAAAAUCAAGACCUAAGAAGAAUAAUAAAGAUAUUAAAGAAACAAUUAUUGAAUCAACUCAACAACAACAACAACAACAAUUCGUUACUGAAGAGGUGGAAACAUCGUCACUAAUCCUCGUUUCAGAAGAGAUAAAAUCAUCGACACAGCCAUUAACUGCCGAACCAACAUCUCGUAGUCGUUCCCCAACUCCCGCCUCUCGCGCUGAUGACUCUGACUCCAAAAAGAGUGACGUAUCGCACGUGUCUUCGAGUAAAACGUCGACCUCUGGUCGCGAUAGAUCGUCGCGAUCGAAGACUCCGACAAAAAAAUCUACUAAGAAAUCAACCGAAACUCCAACCCAUACAAUGAAACUGAGAGGAAGUACUACCAAAUCAAAGAAGGAGUAAAACAGAUGAUAAUUACAAAUUAUGUCAUGUUUUUAGA